AUGACCCCAACAACAUCCGCCCUCUCCCUCUCCCUCCUAACCAGCCUCGGCGGAAUAAUCGGCUACAGCCGCACGGGCUCAAUCCCCUCAAUCACAGCCGGAAUCUCCGUCGGACUGAUCUAUUUACUUUCCUUCCUGCGUCUGCGCGCCGGCCAGCCCUACGGAGUAGAACUUGGUUUGUUGGCUUCGGCUGUGUUGGGCGGGAGCUCGAUUCCGCGUGUUAUCAAGACCGGGGGAAAGCCUGUGCCCGUGGGAUUGUCUAUCCUUGCUACUUAUGGGCUUUAUGUUUUUGGGACUGCGUUUAGGGGGAAUACUUUGUAA